GCACGUGCGUUUGUUAUGGUGCCCGUGUCCCCACCCCCGCCGGGAAGCUCAGUUUCCUGGUCUUUGAACAGACCAGGCGGGAUCCGAAGGAACCCCGCCGCUGCAAGGCGUCCCACCCUUCCUGGCAGACAGUGCGGUGGAGAAAGCAGGGUUCCUGGUGGCCGAGCGCACGUGGGGUUAGGCAAGAACAUUCCAACCUCCAGCGUCUCACGUACUCGGUGCUCUCCAAUGCGGCCGACAGGAAGGAAGGAGUGCGGGCGAAGCCCCGCGCACAGUGAGACUUCCACCCCAAGGUAUCUGCAGGCCCGUGGGCCACCGGCCUCAGGUGGUGGCCUUAGGAUAGUUGAAGAAACUGAAGUCACCUCAGAAAUGGAAGGGCUGGAAUUCGAACCCUCUUCGACAUUCAUUGAAAGCCUUCAUCAUUUUCUUCUGUGUCGCUUUUGUGUCAAGAACCAGAAACAGAGAAGUUUUUGUAGAACGUUGUGGAGUCCUAACUCCAUAGUUGUCUUUACCAGCACUCUAACCAAAUAUGGGGGAAGCAAAGAACACUCUUAUUGUGGAUUCUUGACUUGCAGACUUGAAAUGAACACAGAUGACAUGAUAAGUCCAAGAAGUUCCUGGGACUCUGAGGCAGAAGAGCAGGCUGGUAGGAGUACUCCCAGCAAGCUUCCAGGAUGGGAGCAGCUGUGGGCUACCCCAUUUAGGGGCUGCUCCCUCAAGCUUGCUGUCUGGUCAGUUGGGGCUUUUUGACCUCUACGUGAGAGGCAGGAGGCUGAACCAUUCACUGGGGGACAGUUCUGCCCUCCCUAGCCUAUUUAUGAGGCUUCCAUACCUAUUGUCUCUGGGGCUCCUACCUUGACAAGUAUUUUUUCCCCUUAAGAAGUACAGAUACCUACUUCCCUCUGGACACUAUCUCAGCCCCUCACAAUCUCAGUCUUUGUUCAUAAAUAAUAUUUUUGGUAAUGCGUUUCUCCAUCACCAUUUUAGGCACUGUACUGGCUAACACAAAUAAUGCCCUACUCUAUAAUGUAAAUGUACAACAACCUACUCAAAACAAUA